GUCAACUUUUGAAUUGUCAGGAAUCUAAUAUUGUUUCAACGGCCAUUAUGAUUUAUCUAUUUAGGGAUUGCAGCGUUGAGCGCUGAGCCUCAAGGCCUCAAGCCCCCUGCCGAGCUUGCUUCCGCAUUCUGAUCAGCUGAGCGUGCACGCCUCUUCGGUCUGCGCCUGCAGGUGCUCCUUGACGUCGUUUAUCUGGGUCGAGGCCCUAGCCGGCGAUAUUGCCUUCUAUUACGACCGAAUAAUAUCUUGUCCCUUGAUAAGUAUUGCCAAGUGUUGCCUGGUUCAUAACCAUGGCAUCGACAUCGACAGCUCCCCAGGCUGAGGCAAAGCCCAAUAUCUUUUCGAAACAUACCAUCGUCCUUGAUCAUCCGGUUUCCAAAGUCUUCCCCGUCCUCGGAACAGCCAAAAACCAAGAGAAAAUCACACGCGCAUGUUCAUCUUCUUUACCUAUAACUGCCUUUAAAUUAUUGAACAAAGACGUCGUUGCCGUCCCUCGGAACACCCCGCUCUCCGAAUUACACGACGCCUGCGACCUGCCUGCAGCACAGGAAUUCGAGUCCGAGUCCAAGGGUGCCCGUCAGCUGCCGCGUCAGUCUUUUGCGUUCACCGAGUCGCAGUACCUGUUAUGCAAAUCGAUGUCUUGGAAUGUGAGGGUCGAGGCGACGUUGGUGUGGGAUGAGGAGGAGAUGACGACACUAUACGAGAGUAAGAUAACUGGAAGAGAUGAUUAUCGUAUCUGGAAAUUGAGAGAGAUGGAAGAAAUCGAGGGAGGUACGAAGACCAGAAUGACGGAGACCCUGGAGGGAGUUUAUCCUGGGUGGAACAGGAAGAUGUUUGAAAAGAGAACACGACAAGCACAUGCGAAUCAGAUGGAAUUAUUUCAUACUUUCUUCGAUUAAUGUAUCCUUUUAUUUAACGGGAGUAGUGAAGAUGCAUAGCAAG